CUGUCACCUGGUAUCUAUCAGCGAUUUCAUCCUCAGGCCUGGACUACCUCACUUACCCUCCCAGUGUGCUUGAGAAACGAGCUGCACCCACUGAACUCUGCAGCUGGCAUCCAAAUCAGCCCUUGAGAUUUGAGGCCUUGGAGACUCAGAACUCAGCAGUAGGCCUUGCCUCAGAUCCAAGGUCACUCGGAAGAGGCCAUGUCCACCCUCAAUGACACUCAUGGAGGAAAUGUUGAGAGAAGCAUUCAGAUGCAUGACACAAGGUAAGAUUGCCUAAAAUCUUGUUCUUGCUCUCCUCACUUUGUUAUUUGUUUUAUUUUUAGGAGUUUUGAGAGCAAAAUGACAACACCCAGAAAUUCAGUAAAUGGGACUUUCCCAGCAGAGCCAAUGAAAGGCCCUAUUGCUAUGCAACCUGGUCCAAAACCACUCCUCAGGAGGAUGUCUUCACUGGUGGGUCCCACGCAAAGCUUCUUCAUGAGGGAAUCUAAAGCUUUGGGGGCUGUCCAGAUUAUGAAUGGGCUCUUCCACAUUGCCCUGGGGGGUCUUCUGAUGAUCCCAGCAGGGAUCUAUGCACCCAUCUGUGUGACUGUGUGGUACCCUCUCUGGGGAGGCAUUAUGUAUAUUAUUUCUGGAUCACUCCUGGCAGCAACGGAGAAAAACUCCAGGAAGUGUUUGGUCAAAGGAAAAAUGAUAAUGAAUUCAUUGAGCCUCUUUGCUGCCAUUUCUGGAAUGAUCCUUUCAAUCAUGGACAUACUUAAUAUUAAAAUUUUCCAUUUUUUAAAAAUGGAGAGUCUGAAUUUUAUUAGAGUUCACACACCAUAUAUUAACAUAUACAACUGUGAACCAGCUAAUCCCUCUGAGAAAAACUCUCCAUCUACUCAAUACUGUUACAGCAUACAAUCUCUGUUCCUGGGCAUUUUGUCAGUGAUGCUGAUCUUUGCCUUCUUCCAGGAACUUGUAAUAGCUGGCAUCGUUGAGAAUGAAUGGAAAAGAACAUGCUCCAGACCCAAAUCUAGCGUAGUUCUCCUGUCAGCUGAAGAAAAAAAAGAACAGGCCAUUGAAAUAAAAGAAGAAGUGGUUGGGCUAAAUGAAAUAUCUUCCCAACCAAAGAAUGAAGAAGACAUUGAAAUUAUUCCAAUCCAAGAAGAAGAAGAAGAAGAAACAGAGACAAACUUUCCAGAACCUCCCCAAGAUCAGGAAUCCUCACCAAUAGAAAAUGACAGCUCUCCUUAAAUGAUUUCUUCUAUUUUCUGUUUCCUUUUUUAAACAUUAGUGUUCAUAGCUUCCAAGAGACAUGCUGACUUUCAUUUCUUGAGGUACUCUGCACAUACCCACCACAUCUCUGUCUGGCGUUUGCAUGGAGUGACCAUAGCCCCUUCUCUCUUACACUGAAUGUAGAGAAUGUAGCCAUUGUAGCAGCUUGUAUUGUCAUGAUUCUUCUUCUGAGCAACUUUCUUACACUGAAGAAAGGCAGAAUGAGUGCUUCAGAAUGUGAUUUCCUACUAACCUGUUCCUUGGAUAGGCUUUUUAGUACGGUUUUUUUUUUUUUUUUUUUUUUUUUUCAUUUUCUCCAUCAGCAACCAGGGAGACUGCACCUGAUGGUAAAGAUAUAUGACUACUUCACGACAUUCCUAAACUAUCUUUUUUUUUUUUCCACAUGUAUGCUUUUGGUGGAGUCCCUUUUGCAUCACUGUUUUAAGGACGAUUAAAAAAAUAACAACUAGGGACAAUACAGAACCUAUUCCAUUUAUCUUUCUACAGGGCUGACAUUGUGGCACAUUCUUAGAGUUACCACACCCCAUGAGGGAAGCUCUAAAUGGCCAAGACUCAUCUGUUUUUGUAAAAACAGCAUAGCUUAUACAUGGACAUGUCUCUGCCUUAACUCCUCCUGACUCCCACUCUAGGCUAUUGUCUGCAUGUCUACCUACUUUUAGCCUUUAUGCAAGAAAAGAAAAAAAUGACCAUAGAAAAUGCCACAAUGAGGUGCCCAAAUUUCAAAUAAUAAUCAACAUUUCGUUGUGUUUAUAAUUUCCAGAGGAGAAAGUAUUUCAUCAAAUAAUUUCAUUUGAUGUUCCAUGAUCAAGAAAACAUCCCUAUCUCUAUUUUACAAGUAAUUCAAAGAGGUCAAAUAACUUGUAAACGAGAAAAGGUAACUUAUCAACAGUCAUAACUUGUAAUUACGAGAGCCUUGUUUCAUAACCAGGUCUUCUUACUCAAAUCCUGUGACGUCUGAAAUAACCAAAUUGUCUCUCCAAUGUCUUCAUAAACUAUGAGAGCCAAGUCAACAGCUUCUAUCAAGAACUUACCCUCUGAUCAGCACUAAACAAGCACUGAGAGACACAGAGAGUCAGAGUCAGAUUUUAGCCAUGGGGAUAAAAAGACUCAGACUUCUACCACAUUUGGAAAACGACUUGCAUCAUAAAUAUAUAAUUAACUGGUAGUUUAUAUAAAGCAGACACUAAGUGCUAUAGACAUUCUCAGAAUAUCCUACUCAGAAACAAUGUAAUUAAAAUGCCAAAUCUGAGUCAAUAGCUGCCUUAGUUUUCAAUUCAGAUAUACUAGUACCUUACUUUGAAAUAAUGUUAACCUAGGGUGAGGUCACUAUAAUCUGUAGUCUAUUAUUUGGGCAUUUGCUACAUAUGAGUGCUGCCCGAUUGUGGCAGGUAAAGAGACAAUGUAAUUUGCACUCCCUGUGAUAUUUCUACAUUUUUAGAGACCACUAGUGGAAGACAUUCCCCAAAAUUAGAGAAAAAAGGAGAUAGAACAUUUCUGUCGACGUAAAGUUCUCAAAAUUCGUUCUAAAUUAAUAAAACUAUCUUUGUGCUCUUUUCUGCAACAGAUGAUUCCAA